AUGGAGUCGUUGGGAUAUAAUAUGAGCCCGCAUACGGCUCGUCAAUGGCAACCUUCAAGUCGAGAGGCCUGCAGCUACAUGGCCCUGUUCAAUACGGCCUGCUCCAUUGCCGAGGACUGUUCCCGCCAGUCCGCCUAUCUAGCUCGAGCUAGAAGCGAGCCGAACAGCACAUGUUCCAUACCAGGCGCUCUCUACCGCACGCAACAGGUCGGACCAUCCCACCACAACACGGGACAAUCCGUAAACGAGCCAAUGUUUGAACUAUGCGCAAUGGCUUUUUACCACUGGAAUGGACGAAAGGAACUCCAAGGCACUGCCGCCAAAAAAAAAAAAGAAGCUAUGGCCAAGCCACCACCACAAUGA